CUUGUUUUACUCAAUUUUAGCCGAAGCAGAUUUGCUUUUGCAUCAAACCGAAACUCAAGUUGUAGUACUGAACCGCAUACUAUAGCUUUCACCCUUCAGCAUCAACGUAAUAAUAACAACAGCAACAACAAAAACUCCCCGAAAUUCGAUCUCGUUCUGCUACAACAGGAGCAAAUGUUGUCAAUCGAGAGCAAAGUGCGUGAAGAGCAAUAGAAUAAUCAAAAUAUAGCUAAAAAGUACUGCCAGCGUGCUGUAGAAACAACAUCGGAUUGCAUUAUUUGCUAAUCUGCACGAGUUCUGUGUGUUGUGGAGCAACAGUUGCGGAGCCGCGGUAUCGCGUUGGGGUCGCGGUAAACGCGAACAGGCGUUGGUUAAAGUGAAAAAGAACCUCCUCCAUCAUCCAGCUUCCGUGGGAGGAACAGAGAUCGCCCGGAAAAACGAAGAAGACACAGUGCACAGCGAACUCGCAUCUCGUACUCACUUUGCCGUUCGAAGAUGAGAUGCUGAAUUGUGUAGUGUGUGCGUUGUUACGCAAAUAAAACGAGUUUGUGAUUAGUUUAAUCGAAGUAAAUUAUUUCCCAGUGUACUUUACACCAGUGGGUCCAAAGAUUUGGAUCAAAGUGCCAAACAAAACAAAAAAUACAGCCCACCAUCUAGGAAGCUAGCUCGUGAAAGGUUCGCAGUUUUGACAGUUGUUUUCUCAUCGGGCUCCAUCUCAUCUGGUGAGUUGCGCGGGGCUUGUUCACGCUCGCAGUGUCUUCACGAUCGAAUCACCAACAUCGUAAACGGAACAGAGGACUGAAAUCCUGCUGGCAAGGAAUAAAGCACCAUAAUUGUGUAUUGAUUUCGUACGCUGGACGAACGGCGGACACAUCGCGUACAAACGAUUGAUCGUUAAACAACCUGCAAGCAGGUUAGCAGGGAGUUUGGACUCCCACACCAGAUACGAUCAUCAGCCGUUGUUGCAUUUCUUUCUGACGAACCGGUAGGGAUCGCGAUCCCGCAAACGCUGUCACGCUGAAAAAGUUAGUGCAAACCCGUCUCAAGAUGAUCCGUGAUCCCGGUGGUACAAGUCCGAACGAAAAUCAAGACUCCCCACCUUCACCUAAGUACGAUCGAAUAUUGGGGCGCCCACCGCCCAUGGAUGACACGGAAAUACCGUUGGACAUGACCGUCCGGCGGAAGGAUUCAUCCGAUGGUCAGGGAUCGCCUACAGGGAACGAUCAGUCGCGAGAUGUACCGAUCAAUCUGAAUGUGCGCCCGAGUGUCAUAACAAAAGCACCGCCACCACCAAUAAAGAAACGCAUCAGCCACAUGCACACCAAUGGUGAAAUCGUGCUUAAAAGUAGUGUUAGAACAACUACCGCCACUACAACGGUCGAAUCGGCACCGAUCGUGAACGUUUCGUCCACGUACUGUGACGUUUCGAUCGAGGAACACUUUCGGCGCUCGCUCGGUCCAACCUACAGCUCUAUUUACGGCGAUAAGCAGCAGCUACAGCAAUUGCAACUACAACAGCAGCAGUCAUCGGCACUUAAUGCUUUGAACAACAAUACCAGCAUCGGUGGGCAAGGAUCACCAGUGCAUCAUCUUGUAACACAGCAUAAAGUGCAUCCACUUCCGAUUCCGCUGUUGCUGCAAAAGCACACGAUGGAAACGAGCGAAUCGUUACCGCUUACAGGACCGGCAGCAGGCACGGGCGGUGGCGGCGGGAUGCGGAAUCACAGUAGCAGCAGUAUUAGCUCCAGCUCGUCCGUCAGCUCGAACAGUAGCAUAUCCAGCAGCCUCAGCAAUACUAGUGGCAUUAGCAGCAGCAGCAGUACUACUAACAUCAGUAUCAGACCAACCGGCCCGAUCGGUGGUGGAAUACGUGUGGUCGCACCGGAUACGAUCGAGCUGAAGCUCUCGAGUGAUCCCGCACCGCCUGUACCGCUCGUUCCGGCCACCGUCCUGCCACCGUCGCCCGGUGCACCCUCAUCGGCUGCCAGUGUAGCCAUUGCGCUAACAUCACCGAAACAUCUGCACCAGCAGCCACCACCGGCAAUCUCGCCGGCCUCACUCACCACCACAAUGUCCCUUUCGUCUUCGUCGCCAUCGUCAUCGUUAGCUUCGUCUCCGGCACCGUUUCUUACAACGCAGCAGCAACAAAAGAGGCCCGAUUCCGGUGAAGAGGUUGACGAUCAUUUCGCGAAAGCCCUCGGUGAUACGUGGAAGAAAAUCCAGGAGAGUAAUAUGAACUUGUGAGCAUCAUCAUCCAUCACCACCUGGGUGUGUACACGUAAUAUGGGCCACAAUGACUUCGUUUUAAAAUACGAACGCUGUGAAAAACGGAUUGAAACCUGUUUUACCGGGACCAUGCCAUUUCAAUGUGCCCGGCAUGUUUUUGAGGUACAAUCCUACACUUGUUUCCGUUCUUUAUUCUCUUGGAUUGUAUGUUUGUAGUUCUCGAGCUGUUUUUUAAACUAAUUAUUAAGUUCCUUUCUUGCUAAGGGUAAGCGAACCAUUUUAAUUUGUGAUUUUGAUCGAGCUGGCAAUCGAAGAACUGUUUGUGCUGUCAAAGGACAAAAAAAAACAUGUCGAAAUUGACCAGCAACCAGUACGAGAUUGUUUGAAGCAAAAGUGUUAAACUGUGCACUAUUUUUUAUCGCUUUCCUAAAAUCUAAACCAUACACAUUAGACGGAAGGAAGUUUUAAGCUAGAUUUAAGAGACGAAAACCGAGCAGUUUCGGUUAGUUGUGCACGCGCGUCUGUUGUAUGUUUAAUAGUUUGACUAUUUUACUAUCACUUUGAAAUAUUUACCUACCGUGUGCGGGCAUAUGAGGAAAAGAGUUCAAUGGUGCAAUGGCAAGAAACACGCACUCUCUCACACACACACACAUACACAUUUCAUUGACUUGUUUAAAACGAGUGCAUUUACUAAUUCCUUUCUUCUUGUUGUGUUGUUUUAUCUAUACGUAUGCGGAGCGAUAUCAGCGAUAUUGCAUACAUAUUUCGGGAAUGCCGUUUGCCCAAUAUAUCUUGCUUUCUAUUACACAAUUCUUUGCUAAAGAAUUUUAAAGUUUGGAAUGGGUUUUCUUAGGACGGUUUAAAAAAAAACGAUAUGUUUACGAAUACUUCAGUGAGAUGAUAUUUUAUUAAUAUUAAUUGUAAGACCCGAGCUAUCUUCCAACCAUUACACUUGCAUGUAAAAACAAACAACAAAUCUUCGAUAAAUUGAACAAAAUGGUCAAAUCUCAAGGCGCGAAGGAAUUAAACACUCUUUAGUCUUCUGCGACAAGAGCAAGAUAGAACAAGACAAACCAUAUUCAUGAGCACUGCGUUUUGCACACUUUGCAAUGCAAAUUUCUAUGAACUGCAUUUCCGUUAACGCUGUGAGCGGUUCGUCUGCUUGUUCUUAUUUUUUCUGUAUUGCUUGUAGAAUAAUGUGAGUUUAUUUUAGAUUGAAUCGUUCUAGAUAGUUUCACACCUUUUAAGCGAACGAACGAACCCAUAACUGAAUAUCAUAUAGUGGUUAAAAAAGCUGUGGCCUUUAAACAGAUAAUGUUUUAAUUUGCAUAAGUUCCUGUAGCAAACAAACAAAAGCAGAGCAAACGAAACGUAAGCAAUCCUAUAGAUGCUGAUAGCAUUGCACAUUACUACACUUUUUUGCGUAGUAAUACGCACACUUUUUGUAGAUGUAGAAAUACCAUAAUGUUUCCCUGCGAGAGCAGGUUUCACGUAAGGAUUUGUUUAUCGUUUGUACGUCCGUUUUGCUCGUACUGCUCGAAGUGAUAUAGUAAACUAGCGCAAAACAGAACAGACAUGGAAUGGAUGGUGUCCACGUAAUGGAAUCAGGGGGUAAUUUUUAUCUGCAAUUACACUUCCUAAAUAUCCUUAUUAUAUAGUAAGUUAACAUAUUAACACUUGAUUGAACACUGAUUUCCCUGCCGUAUCAAACCGUGUUACAGCGUAGUUGUAAAAGGAUGCGAUCUCGAAAACCUUCCUUCCUUUUUUGCUUGUACCGAUGGGCACAGCUCGUGUGUGUUUGUGUGUUUCUUAGUGCGUACUACAAUGGCAAAAAGGAUACCUUCCCCACGGCACACGGUCUUGUUUUUUUUUGCGUUUUGCUUCUGCUGAUUGUUAUUUAAGUAAAUGUGCAACGUUGCCGUUCCCUUGUCGGGUACUGAUUUCGAAUGGUGCUAGAACGAUUUCAUAUGCCAUCUAAGCACCGAUAGGAAGCCAGUGCCCGUAAGGAUCAAUCGUGCGGUAAAAGGUAUUCACAAUCCUUUCCCCCCUCCCUAAAAAAUGCACCUAUUGGUUUAAUGUGUAAGCAGCUUUGAUUUGGUUCUCUAAGAACAAACACGCAUUCAAAAACUACAUUUGCGCGAACGAGUUUUGUAGCCACAUAGGUAGAGAUUAAGUUGAGGACGAUGUAGCAGGAUUUUACGUACUAAUAGGAAGGAAUAUGCAAUAGAUUUCCACCCUUCCCCAGGAGGCAAGCAAUGGAGGUUGUAAUUGAAUCAAAAUUUUAAUAUGUUUCACCGAUGUGCGAUAUAUCGUGGGUGUACAGUUUUAGCCUUGGUAGAAGGAUGAACGGAAUGUUUUUUUAACUAUAGCAAUGUAAGCGAACUGAAAUCAAACUAUGUAACGUUACGACAUUAUUAUGCAACUUCGAGCGAAGAUUUGUUUUAGAGAAGAAAAAAAAUCUAUAUGUGAGUGAUCUAGGAAAGAGGAACGCGAUGAUCGAGCACGCGAUCGAACAGCGAUCGGUGUACAGUGGACGAUAUAUGGAAGCAAAAGCACGAUGAUACAUAUUUUGUGAUAAAGUAAAAAGUGUACACUAACGACAAA